AUGACCACCACGCAGCAAUCAAUUACUACCCAGGCACCUCUAACAACUUUCUGGACGCCGCCGGCCUCAUGCACAACCCAGCUUCCUAUUCUGCAAGCAGGCUCAUGCAGUCCGCCCUGGUGCUGGACGUACAACGAGAACGACUUAAUCGCAAACUGGGGCGCGUACACCAAUUGGGGUUACUGGACCACGAGCUCCUCACAAGUCUCGUCAGAGUGCUUCCCGCCAUCAAGCGAACUGGUGAAUGGAUUUACAUAUUCUCCUGCCAUUGGAUGUCCAGUGGGAUACACCACGGCCGUUGCUACUACCAGCUUCAACUCGGAGAAUGACACUCUCGCCAUUUGCUGCCCCAAGGGCUUUGAAGGGUCUGGCUCGGACGUUGGGGGCGCUUACGUCUGUGCGCGAUCGGUCGAGCCUGCUGGCGAGACAAUGCUGAAGAUCGCAUAUGGAGAGAUCACUGAAUACGACUAUGCAGGAUCCUCAACCUAUGCCUACGCAACAACGAGUCAGAUCGGUAUCACUGUCUUCACACCUCCUGCCACUGCAACCACGACUUUCCAGAUCACUGCCACUGGGAUAGCAAUGCUUGUUCAGUCAUCCUUGGCAACAACAACGCCGAGUUCCACGAGCAAAGCUAGCUCAGAUGAUAAACCAUCGUUCAGUGAAGCGUCUGAGCCCAAGGUUCAACAUGGACCGCGCCCGACAAGCCUGACACAUGGUCAGAUGCAAGACCUUGGUCCCAAAGGCGCCAUCUGGCAGAGGACCAUUCCCGGGUACGACGAGAUGCAGGACCUCGAUCCCGCAGGCAGGGCCCAGACCCUGAGGGUUCCGAUAACCGAAACGGGCCAGCAGAGCGAUGACGGCCGGGGAACGAACAAGGGGGGAAUCCCUGUGAGACCGCAAGGGAGUGGCGACCCAACAUCUGCCGCAGAGGGUCGUCGAGACACACCUCGGACCUCCAUGCUACCUGCCCGGCCAGCGAAGAAAAAACGACUCACCAGUGAUCCUCCACGGCUCAGAGUGGCGAAAGGAUAA